GCAGGUCAAAAAAUGGCUCCAAAGUUGACAUCUGACCUACUUCGGCAACUUCGCCAGGUGAUGAAGAACACCAAGUAUGUACCUGAGCCUAUUCAGGCAUACAUUGUGCCUUCUGGAGAUGCUCAUCAGAGUGAAUCUGUUGCAGAAUGUGACUGCCGACGGGCAUUCAUCUCUGGCUUUAAUGGCUCAGCAGGAACUGCAAUUAUUACAGAACAGCAUGCAGCAAUGUGGACAGAUGGGCGCUAUUUUUUGGCUGCAGCCCAGCAGAUGGAUGAAAACUGGACACUAAUGAAAAUGGGCUUGAAAGAUACUCCUACUCAGCAAGACUGGUUAAUAAAGGUUCUUCCAGAAGGGUCAAAGAUUGGUGUAGAUCCAUACAUCAUUCCUGCUGAUGAGUGGAAACGCAUGUCCAAAGCUCUAAGAAGUGGUGGCCAUUCUCUUAUUGCAGUUAAACAAAAUCUUAUUGAUGUAGUUUGGACAGAUCGCCCUCCUCGAACCAGCAACUCUUUAAUGGUUUUGGGACUAAAAUAUGCAGGUAUAACACUACAGGAGAAGAUUACAGCUUUGCGGGGCAAAAUGUCUGAAAAACAUGCUUCCUGGUUGGUGGUGUCAGCCCUGGAUGAAGUUGCAUGGCUUUUUAACCUCCGUGGUUCUGAUGUUGAGCAUAAUCCCGUAUUUUUUGCCUACUCAGUAAUAGGCAUAAAUUCAAUAAGGUUGUUCGUUAGUGGAGAUCGUGUUUUGGAUCCUACUGUCCGGGAGCAUCUUGGCCUUGAUAGCUCUCCCAAGUCAGAUUUUACAGUCCAGAUUUUGCCAUAUGAGUCUUUUGAGACAGAACUGGAGACCAUCUGUUCCAGUCUGAAUCCAAAGGAGAAAGUCUGGCUUUCAGCUAAAGACAGCUAUGGCCUGACUGAACUUAUUCCAGAGGUACAUAGAUAUUCCACUCCAUAUUCUCCUAUUUGUUUGACGAAAGCUGUGAAAAAUGCAACUGAACUUGAAGGAAUGAAAAGAGCCCACAUUAAAGAUGCAGUGGCUCUUUGUGAACUCUUUGCCUGGUUGGAGAAAGAGGUUCCAAAAGGUAUAGUAACAGAAAUAUCAGCUGCUGACAAAGCUCUGGAAUUCCGCAGGCAACAGGAAGAUUUUGUUGACUUGAGCUUCUCAACAAUUUCUAGCUCUGGACCAAAUGGUGCAAUUAUUCAUUACUGUCCAUCUGUGGAAACCAACAGAGCUCUGACUGUGAAUGAAGUCUACCUCAUAGAUUCUGGUGCUCAGUUCAAAGAUGGGACUACAGAUGUGACCAGAACAAUGCAUUUUGGUACACCGUCAGAGUAUGAAAAGGAAUGCUUUACUUAUGUUCUUAAGGGACACAUAGCAGUAAGUUCAGCAGUUUUCCCCAAUGGAACAAAAGGACAUCUUCUAGAUUCCUUUGCACGUUCAGCAUUGUGGAACCAAGGUCUGGAUUAUCUCCAUGGAACAGGACAUGGUGUUGGGUCAUUCUUAAAUGUCCAUGAAGGACCUUGUGGCAUCAGUUACAAAACAUUUGCAGAUGAGCCUUUGGAGUCCAACAUGGUUGUGACAGAUGAGCCUGGUUAUUAUGAAGAUGGAGCUUUUGGAAUAAGGAUUGAAAAUGUAGUCAUUGUGGUUUCUGCAAAAACAAAGUACAACUUCAAGAACAGAGGAAGUUUAACAUUUGAACCUAUUACGCUGGUUCCCAUACAGACUAAAAUGAUAAAUUUGGAUAUGCUGACACAGCAGGAGCUGGAUUGGCUGAAUAAUUACCACAGGAAGUGCAGGGAUGUAAUAGGAGCAGAACUGGAACAUCAAGGACGCCAGGAGGCACUCCAGUGGCUUCUCAGGGAAACUCAGACAGUUACUGUCUCAUGAAAAAGCUAAAGCUGGAAGGUCUGCCAUAACAGGACAUCUGGAAAUCAUAAUGGCUAUGCAGAAAAUGCUUUCUGUUUGUGCAGGAUGAUUUGCACUGAAUGCUUUUCCUUCCUUGAAGGUUAGCAUUGACAUUUGUUUACAGUGAUUGAGUAAACAACUUCAUUAUUCUUUCAUUAAAAUGUAAAUGAUUUUAUUAUAAACAACUUUUAGAGAAACCUAUUUAAUUUUCUCUCAAUUUGUACUCAGAAUUCGUUAUAAUUAAAUGCUUUCAAAUUGCCAGGUAUUUUGGGAAGCGUGGCGUACAUUUUUCUAAAUUAUGUUUGCCUACUGAGAAAAUGUUGCCUGAUUUCAUGGAUUUGUACUGUUGAAUGACUUAAGAUGGCAGUAUUUCUAUUACAGUCCUAUUUUUGACCCAAGUGAA